AUGAAGUCCUCGAUCCGGGCGGUCCUUCUCUUUGUCCUACUCGGCCUGGUUGCCGGCUUGGCGAUUCCCGAGCAGUUUUCUACCGUCGAGUUCUCUGGCAAGGAGGCAUGCCACCCGAUACUGAGCUCCUGCCGCGCGGCUGUCGACUGCUGCGCCGGCCUUCGAUGUGCCACCUUUGACGGCGAAGCGCUGUGCGUUCCCGGGGGUGACUGA